AUGGCUGACCACCGGUUCCCCGUCUCAGAGGAGUCGGAAGAGCGGACAGAACCCUUCUCCCAGUCCGAGAUUGAUUCGCGCAUGAAAAGCAUUCGAGUCGAGGAACCCGACUACGAUGUCAUGUACGAUACCGUCCCGCUGACCAAGCUGAUGGUCGAGGAGCACCACCACAAGCAGGGCAUCCGCAUCCUUGUGCGCCCUCUCACCAGGAGUGCGAUCCUCAAACCCUACAUGUCCAAGGCCCUUUCGCCAGGCACAUGGCGCAUCAUUGUCGACAAUAUCUCGGUGCUCGAUUUCAGGGUGCUAGAAAAGGUGCCCGCCAUGCUCAAGCAGCAACAGCAAUUUCCAGAAGCCAUGUCCAUGAGCUUUCUCAACUCGUCCGGAAAGAGGUCGUUGGAGGACACUGCUGAUGAGGCCGUCGACGGUAGAGAUGACAAAAAGGCGAAAUUGUCCGACGACGCAACACCUAACAAGAAUGACGGUGUCAUCAUGUUCCUCCGUCCCGCCGCUGAGCCACUCGUCUUCCCGUUACCCUCUGCGAACAAGGGCAAGGAGCUCGUAUCCGCCAAUGGUCAUGCGCUUCUAGAUGUGGGCAACGACGAAAUGGUUGAGAUCCCUGGAAGCUGCGAGAUCGACGCAUAUACGGUUACCAAGCACGGCCAGAUCGCAUCAACGUCCCUCUCCUCUGUGUAUACCGCCACCCAUUCCAACGUUCCCGAUGGCAUCGUCACCGUCAAAGUCCUCAAGACCCUUCCCAAUAACUCCGCCGCUGCGCUCCAGCAGAAGCCACAAGAGGCUGAGCGCAACGUCAUCCGCCAAGCCGACAUGUGGCUCCGUGAAUACCAAUCGCAAGACGACUUGCGCCACGACUCCAUCGUCCGCCUCUAUGGCGCGACGCCCGUUUCCUUUCGCUCUACAUGGAACACCGACAACUUCAUCGGCGACCGCACCGAUGCCACACGCAUUCUGCGCGAUGUCGCCUCAGCUCUGCAUUACCUCCACAGCCGUCGUCUCGUCCACAAUGACAUUAAGCCCGCGAACAUCCUGUACUCUCCGGCCCGCGGUGCUGUCCUUUGCGACUUUGGCCUCUCAACAAUGGCCGGCGGGCCCGCCACGAAUGGCGGUACCCCAUUCUACGUACCCCCGGAGUUCAUCGGGGCCCGGCAGCGCGGUCCCGCUUCGGACGUCUGGGCUCUCGGCGUCACAAUGCUCUACGUGCUCCGCCGCAUGCCUUUCCCCGACGGACGCGGACGCCAGGCGCAUCCCAAGAGGCUGUACUGGGUCAUCGCCGACCUCAACCGGCCCCCGGGGCGCGGGCGCGGCGCCCAGGGCGCCGUCGAGCAGAUGAAGACGUGGCUCGGCGAGGUGCGCGAGGCUGCUGACCGGCUGAACCCACGCGACAGACUUGAGCGGAUCGUCAGAGAGAUGCUCGUCCCUAAUCUCAACCAGCGCAUCACAACGGCGCGUAUCAUGAGAGAAUUGUUUGUCGAGAGGGAACAGCCGCAGCAGCAGCAACCGCAGGCUGUCGUGGCGCGGGCGUGA